UCUGUCUUUCGGUGGGGGUUGGGAGGAGGGGCAAAUCUGCUUAUCGAUUCGUCUGAGUACGUCAAUUCAAUAGUCAUUAAUUCAAUGAGCCAAUGGUUUCUCCGGACGAACGGAGAGAGAACAAGGCAAGAAGGCAAGCAAUUCAGUUAGCAAGUACUCUCCGGUAGGGCAGGUGAGGUUGAAGCGAACUGGAGAGGAAACCAGAUGUGGGAGGGGACCAUCCCUCAAGCUGCAGUCCGGUGUGCCGGUGAGACACCCUGCCAUACUGAAGUAUACCCUUUCUAUACAACCCCGGAAUUGUUGCUGCUCUCCGCCUUCCUUUCCUUCCUAUUGCAGCAUCAAUGCUUUUUUAAUUCUUCAGCCUCCCUCUUCCUCUUCCUCCUGCUCUUCUUCUUCUUCUUCUUUUCUUCUAUACAACUGCUUCUACUUAAAUCUUCCUCUACUUACCUUAAUCCUGCCGGGGUCACUAUCCCUAAAUCUUCCACGCCUCGGGUAAGUGCUUCCUCGGACCAAGCUCCCUCACCAGCUGCUCUCUCGCUUUUCCCCGCGUGUUGCGCUGCCGUUCCGAAACCGGGCCUUUUUCUUCCCCUCCUCGAACUUCCCCCGGAGUUCUGUUUCUCCUAACAGUGACUCACAAUUGCUAUUUUUCCGGCUAUCAUUGGUUUGUCGGCUAACAAUUGCUUCUCUUCAACUUUUUUUUAAUAGUCUCUUGCAGCCAGUCCUGUUGUGGCUCUUCUUCCUCUCCCGAAUCUCGACCCGUAUCUACAGAGCUUCUUCCCUGUCUAUUUCCCUCCCUCCCUCCCUCCCUCCCC